AAACAGCACACGUUACAUUGGAGUAUUGAUUAUUUGAGUAGCUUCUCAUCUACUUUACUAAAUCGGCAAAAUUCUGCCAUGAAAUCACCUGAAUAACGCCACUAAAGUGAAUAAAAUAUCUGCGUGAUGCUGUAGAGUUCUCCUAUUCGGUCCGUCGUUCGGUUGCUUGAGGUUUAGGUUUCCACACGCGUCGAAGGAUCACUCGGCUGUACUACGGACUCUUUUUAUGCACUGGUAGUGCUUAUUGUUCUUCAUCCCGUCAUUUGAUAUGACGCGCACUAAAUUGGUGAGUUACGAACUGUGGGAAUAGGUCGUAGGCGGGGAAUGAGCUCCACCUCCACGUUCCUACCCGCCAAGCGGAGUAUAAGAUGCUCCAAUGGCCGCCAUAUUCCAAUGCCAGUAAGACAUUGGCUCCCUUUAGCCCGUUUUCCGGUCAAUCAUGCAUCUCUCAAUAUUUGUUCAUUUUUCCUUCUUUCUAGCUGUCCUUGGGGUUCCAGAACUCACCGUUCACCCUGCCAAGGCCCCAACAGCGAAGACUAGGAAUGGAACCUACGUUGGUCUCGCAGUUCCGCAGCUAUCUCAAGACAUAUUUCAUGGUAUCCCCUUUGCGCAGGCACCACGCUUUGAACUAGCACAGUCACUAAAUUCGUCCUGGAGCGGCACCCAUGAAGCAGUCGAACCAGGUCUGACGUGCAGCGGAUAUGGCUCUAAUAACCUCCUCGGUUUGGAGGUCGGAGAAGACUGCCUGAAUCUUAAUGUUGUUCGGCCGUCAGGAACUAAGACAAAUGCAAAGUUGCCAGUGAUGGUAUGGAUCUAUGGUGGUGGAUUCCGACAGGGAAGCAUUAAUGAUCGAGAGUUCAACACAAGCUAUAUGGUCGAGACGUCUGUUCAAAUAGGAAAACCCGUGAUCAUUGUCUCUAUUAAUUACCGUCUCAGCGCCUUUGGAUUUCUUUUCAGUAAAGAAGUUCAAUCAAAGGGAGCCACGAAUCUAGGCAUUCGAGAUCAGUGGAAAGCUUUAGAGUGGAUCAAUGAGAACAUCGCGGGCUUUGGCGGAGAUCCGAAGCAGGUAACAGUUUGGGGUGAGAGUGCAGGAGCCUUCUCCAUUGGUUGGCUUACAGUUGCUUAUGGAGGACAAAAUUCCAACCUUUUCCAAAAAGCGAUUAUGGUGAGCGGAACGUCGUUUGGAGUUGGUUCCGGAUAUCCGGUUUUUGCUCAAUCAACAUACAACGCUCUCACGAAUGAUACCGGGUGUAACCAUGCCAUUGACUCACUCCAGUGUCUACGAGAACUACCAUUCGAAACCUUGAAUACAACCAUAACCAAUCUCCCGGCUAAUCUUCUUGGCUUCCAGCCAAUACUCGACGGCGACAUACUCCGCAAUUCUCCUUCUUUCGCCUACGCCCAAAACCCACCUCUUAUCGCCCCGGUGGAUAUCAUCACUGGCUGUAACACGGAUGAAGGCAUGUCUGAGGCACUAGGUGCCCAAACGCCUUUCAACACCUCGGCCGAGGUCGAAUAUUUCCUCACUGCUGGCUUAGGUGUUGAUUCUACCGUUGCCAAUGAGAUCUUGACCUUAUACCCUGAAGAUGCGCAGUAUCCGCCAUACUCCCAGCCAAUGACACUGGACUGGCCCGCGUUGACGGCGGCAUUGGGAAUCCAGUCUGGCACGCAGACGAGAAGGGUUUAUGGGAUUAUCAAUGAUUUUGCUAUGAUGUCAGGAAGGAGACUCACUGCUGCGUCAUGGACACCCCUGACGGGCAAGAAAGCAUACUCCUUCCGUUGGGACGUGGAUCCGACCAGGUUGCCGCUUGUUUACACCCCAGGGUUGGGUGUUGGUUUUGCCGAACAUGGCGCCGAGUUGAGCUUUGAGUUCCGAUUGCCAUAUGUCAGCGGCUCAGCAUAUCCACCCAUCCCAGAUGUUCCAGCUAUGAGAAACGUUAGCUACGCUAUGCAAGCACACUUCGUUGCUUUUGCAGCUACUGGGGACCCCAACGCACAUCACCUAAACUGGAUCCCGAAAUGGCCAGCCUAUGCUGGCAGCACGCAGAACUUUGUGUAUAACGCGACGUUGGACGAUACACUCAACUUGCAUGUUGAGAAGGAUGAUUUUAGGAGCGAGCAAAUCAGCUGGUUUAAUGCGCGAUGGACAUAUUUGAACUAGACCUAUAUUUUAGGAUAAUUUAGAUGUCAAUAGUGUCCGAGCGAAUCAUAUCCAUGUAGAUUUGGAUUUGCGGGAUUUAAUAAUGCGAACAUAAGGACUCUUUUGCCUAACGAAGGCGGAUGUUUUAUUUCUCACAACGGAACGCUCCCGUUGGAGGAGCACGAGUGGGACGAUCCAAUAUAACAAGCUUUCUUGGCCCUCUUUAUAAAUUCUUUGGUUUGUCUGCGUCGUUAGACAUCUGACGUGAGAUGACUUGAUUGAGUCAAAUCUCAUGUCAGCAGGUCCAGCUGAACAUUCCUCUUGCCAACAUACCAUGCGGCUGCAGG